AUGAAUCGGCCGAAAUCUCGCGAUUUCGAAGAUGAAGAUAAAGAAAAACGAGAUAAUGCUGAAGCUGCAUUCCGUGAAUGGUUGAAACGAAAAGCUGCGGAGCCACGGACACCAAGAGCAUCACCCUCAAGGUUAGUUCUUGUUUUUGUUUCAGUGGGAGAAAGAGGAAAAUUGAAAUUUGAUAUUGUUUUCAUAAAUCCCAUGUUACUCAUGAAACAAAAUAUGAAAAUAUUUUCGAUAAAUAGAGUUGACGUGUAAUUUUUUCACCUACAGAAAACUAAAAUUAAAAAAAAAAUAAUUUGUUUUUGUCGGAACCGAGUGAGAUUUAUGAUAUACUGAGCUUUUGAUCAUAGCAAAAAUCAAGUUUUUUUCUGAAAUUGAAUGUUUCAAUAUUAAUUUUGAGUGAAAUUUGUUCGAGUUUUAUGGUUCAUAGUUUUUAGAGAAGGGUCUGGGAAGAAAAAAUUUUUCAAGAUAAUUAUUCAACUUUAAAAGUACAAAAUAAAACUUUUCUGAGAUCUGUUUUUUGUAAUUUUUAAAAUAAAAUAUUCAUUUUAUCCCUUAAAAUAAUCUGAAACUAUAGAUACUCAUGACUAUGAUUUUAUGUCUGUGGUGGAAUCAAACUAAACUGUGAUCAGAAAGCUUUUCACAUAUUUUGUAGUGGUUUUCAGACAAAGAACCUGCACCUUGUGAUUAACCUUCAAAGUUGAGUAUCUCAAAUUUGGAAAAACAUAGGAUUUUUCUUCAAUAUUGUAAAUUUUUCAACACGAGGAAGUUUUUAAAAGAUUGGUUAGACCCUCUUGAAGCUGUAAGAAUUCAAUACCAAAAAAUACUGAAUUUAUGAGGAAACAUUCAGAUCUUGUGUUGGGAAUAAUAUUGGGAUCGUAAUCUUAAAACUCAAAAAGACAAUAUGAAAUCUCUAUUAAAUUUGAGCCCCAGAAAAAAUGCUGUCAUUAAUAAUAUCAAUUCAAAUCGUAUUCUAUGAAUUCGUUUUCCCAAGAGUUCAUUAAUUUCAGAGAAGCAAUCUCACGUCAUUUGAAAGACGAAGCUCGACAAAGAGUCAUCAAUCAAUGGCACAAUAAUAAACGAUUCCACAAAAAACUCGAAGCAUUCGUCCAACAAAAAACUGAAAACGGUUCAAAACAUGAUAAUAGUAACACCCUCUAA